AUGAAGCAGGGAGUAAAGAGAUUGUUAUUGGGUCAGCCAUGGUUGGUGGGAUUUAAGCUGGAGCUCAACAUUGGUAAUACUGCUGGUGGAGCCACCAGUGCCGCAACAGCUACUGGUGGUGGAGGUAAAACUGUGGGAAGGUUGUUGAAGGACAUAAAAGAGAAGAAGAAAGAGGAAGCGAGAGUUCAUAAUGCACAAUCACAUGCAACUGUAUCGGUUGCUGGUGUUGAUGUUGUAGUUGCUGCAAUUGGAGCCGCCACUGCUGCCUCAGCAGUAGCAUCUGUCGUUACUUUAGUUGCAGCACAAUGUGUAGAAGCUGUAGAGGCAAUGGGUGUGGAGCGUGACCAUCUGGCAUCGGUUGUUAGCUCUGCGGUUAAUGUCAAAGUGGAAGCGAAAGCUUCGACUCAUUUACUUACAUCAAUGUUGGCUCAUUUUGUCGUAAUGUCUCCACGUGGUGCGGCAACACUAAAAGCAAGGACUGUAAAAGAAACACGUAAUAUCCCCUCUGUACCUCGAGCAGAAAAAGGAAGUUUGUAUAGCAAUGGCACUGGCAGCAACUCAAUUGGGAGUUUCAGUGAUGAGUUUUUACUUCUCAAACGCACAUGUAAAGGUGAUCUUCACUGGAAAAUAGUUUCUUUUUAUAUCAACAAUGGAUCAGGUGAGUCUUUUAAAUGUUUUUGAUAUGCUAAUCAAAUCCUAUCAUUAGCUUUACUUAACUUUGAGCUCUUAAGCUUUAUAAGGUAUCAAAAGUAUGGGCGUACGUCUUUCAAAUGGAAUAACAUUUGCUGAAAACGGGGUUUUUAAAGUGGGUCAAAUGUGAGUCUAAACACAGGUGGUCGGGUAACUGUCAAACGGGUAGAAUUUGGUUCAGAUGUUUAGUUAAUGACAUGGUUCAUGUAUUUGUCGAGGGGCUGAUGCAUUUUAAGGGGCAAUCGAUGGAGUUAUGUUAUAUGCUGGAGCUUCUAUAGGUUACCGGACCAUAUUGGAUGCUCUUAUUCUGGCUAAGACAGUUCUCAUAGAGGUAGAUUAUUCAAAUAAUCAGGUCGGGCAGCUUGGGUAAUCCAGUAACUCUUUGAUGUAGAUUGAAAUGGGUCGGAUCUGGCAAACCAUUUUGUGUUCAUUUGCUAAAUGCAGUGACCAUUGAGCAUUUUAUCUUGAGGGUUCCGACUACCCAACCUGGCCAAAUAGAUGUAAACAGCCACAAUAAAAUUUGAAUUACUGAAACUCGUGUUAUGGAGCACGAGUAUAGUAGCGAGCGAGAUGGUGAAGUCGUCCAAUUACAGGUAUUCUUCAACUUCACUUCAAUAGGGCAAAGUCAUUUGCUUCAAAUACUAGAGAGCUUCAAUACAGCGGGAUGUACAAUGAUGGUGACAUGGUUUGGUUGGCAGAUCCAUUUCCUUUCCUAAAAGGAAAUCAUGAUGUUUACUUUAUUCAUGACAUGAGUACUAUAAAUUUGACUUUGCUUCUUAGUUUCAUGUGUUAUACAAGUUUAGAGGAAAUCAAAAAGUUGAUUCUAAAAAUUUAUAUACAUGGAAUCUAAUUUGGUUU